CGCAAGGGCUGUCUGCGUUCUCCUACAGGCCGCUUGGCUAGCUAAUAGCACCUCGCCAAGAGUCUCAGCGGAGGAUUAAAACUCCUGGCUAUUUUUCGUUGUAACAAUUUCUUUAAAGUUUAUAAUUCAAAGUUUUGGGAUUUCCACGUGCGCACUGCAUGAAAUACGUCAACGACAACGCGUCUUACAAAACGUAGUAAGAUAAAGGGCGGGAUUGGUUUAUCAUAGUGAUAUGUUGUUUGUUUCCAAAGUUGUGGAACCAGAGGGCUAGUUGUAAAGCUGUUGACAACUGUCCGCUUUUCAAUUGUCAGGUCUUAAAAAUGACCCAGUCAAUUACUUUGUAAAGAAGUCGGAAAGUUUCUCAGACACAGAAAGGCUGGUGAGAAAAGGGACACUGUGAAGCUCCCAGUGGCUUGGACGAAAUUUCACGUAAGAUUGGGAGAAAGUAGGCAGAAACCAGACAUCCGGAAAAGUACAGGAAUCGAAUUCCACUACACAGUAGUAUUAACAGCAGCAAUGUAAAACAUAAAAAUGCAAGUCAUCCUAACAACACUUAAACGCGGCAAAUUCAGAUGGAAGUAAAGGUGUGGGGACCUUUGUAUGAACCUUAAACACUGUAACCAGUUUUCCAAAGUCACCCCACUGUUUGCUCGACGGUCUGUUUUCUUGUUUAACCAUAAGGUGGUGCUUUAAGCUUUGGUUUGAGGGUGCCUAAGCUUGUACAGAAGCUGUAAGGCUGCAUCGUAAAAUAGUUACAUUUACCUGUCGGUGGUAUAAAAAUGUGUUCUGUCAGCAGUAUUUAAGAAAGGAAGGACUCUUAAAAUAUUGGAAGCUUAAACGCUAUGCUUCUACAUACCCCUCUUUCCCCAGAGGUGGUAGCAAACAUGGACGACACCACUCAGGAUAACGAUGGUCUGUUGCUUUUUGCCAUUGAUCCAGAAGAACCUGGUGCUGUUGGAGGACAGGAGGCUGGUAGUGGUUCCUUAUACAUUUCUGUAGUUGGUAGCAGUGGCACUACUGUUCAAGGAGCAAGUAGCAGCGAAGCACUGGUCCAUGCAAACGCGGGUGGUCGAGUGUCAGUCUCUGCUGCAGGCACCUAUUGGCAUUCUACGCGCAGCGAUACGUUAGGUGGCCCAUUGGCUACAGGGACCUGUGGCCGAGGUAAAUGCAAACUUGUGUCUGUGGCAUAUGUGGCAGGUGAGAUGACUCCUCUGUCCUCAGCUGAGCAGCUGGCACUACAGUGUUUGCAGGAGGCUUGCGAAAGUAUGGGGGCCAGUCUAGAAACUGUGCAGUUUGGGAAGCUGGACUUCGGCGAAACCACUGUGCUGGAUUUGUUCUACAAUGCUGAUAUUGCCGUGGUAGAGAUGACUGAUGCAUUUCGACAGCCAUCUUUGUUUUACCAUCUUGGAGUGAGAGAGAGCUUCAGUAUGGCUAACAAUGUUAUUUUGUAUUGUGACACAAAUUCAGAGACCCUACAGUCUUUGAAGGAAAUCAUCUGUCAGAAGAAUACUGUGUGCACCGGCAACUAUGUAUUCAUCCCAUAUAUGGUGACACCACUUAACAAAGUGUAUUGCUGCGAAAGCAGUUUCAUGAAAGGACUGACUGAGCUUAUGCAGCCGAGUUUGGAGUUGUUGCUGGGACCAAUCUGUUUGCCAUUGGUGGAUCGAUUUGCACAGCUGCUUAAAGAUGCACAGUCAAGCUCCUGCCAGCAUUUCCGAGAAACCGUUCUUAAUGACAUCAGAAAGGCACGGGAACUCUGCUCGGAGAAAGAACUGGCUGCAGAGCUUGCAAGGAUACGCCAGCGUUUGGACAAUGUUGAGCUGUUGUCGUCUGACAUUGUUAUUAAUUUGUUGCUUUCUUACAGAGAUAUCCAGGAUUUUGAUGCUAUUGUGAAUCUAGUGGAGACUCUGGAGAAACUUCCAACAUAUGAUUUGGUGUCUCAUCAUCAUGUGAAAUUUCACUAUGCAUUUGCAUUGAGCCGAAGAAACAUGCCUGGUGACGGAGAGAAAGCCCUGGCCAUAAUGCUUCCUUUAGUGGACUGUGAAGAACAAGCACCUUCUGAUAUGUAUUGCCUUGUAGGACGGAUCUACAAAGACAGAUUUUUGGAUUCAGGAUAUAUUGAUAUCAAGAGCCGGGAUAGUGGAAUACAGUGGUUCCACAAAGCCUUCGAACUGGAGCCCACCCUACAUUCAGGAAUCAAUUAUGCUGUUCUUCUUCUGGCAGCAGGACACCAAUUUGAUACUUCUUUCGAACUACGGAAAGUUGGAGUGAAACUAAGCAGUUUGCUUGGUAAAAAGGGAAGUUUGGAGAAAUUACAGAGUUAUUGGGAUAUCGGAUUUUUCCUGGGUGCAAGUAUCCUGGCUAAUGAUCAUGUCCGAGUGAUCCAGGCAUCAGAGAAGCUCUUCAGGACAAAGGCACCUGCCUGGUAUCUCAAGUCCCUGGUAGAAACUAUCCUGAUCUAUCAGCACUUCAAGAAACAAGGCCCAGAACAGCAUGUGACCAAGCAAGAGUUGGUGGAUUUUUGGAUGGACUUUCUUGUUGAAGCCACAAAAAAAGAUGUUGCAAUCAUUCGUUUUCCGGUUUUAAUCCUAGAGCCAACUAAAAUUUAUCUACCUUCCUAUCUUUCCAUAAAUAAUGAGGCUGAAGAGAAAACUGUGUGUAUUUGGCAUGUUUCCCCUGAAGAUAUGAAAGGUAUCCAUGAGUGGAACUUUACUGCCACCUCCAUCCGAAGUGUAAGCAUUUCAAAAUAUGAUGAGCGCUGCUGUUUCCUUUAUGUUUUGCACAACACUGAUGAUUUCCAGAUUUAUUUUUGCACAGAACUUCAUUGCAGAAGGUUUUAUGAAAUGGUAAAUACCAUAAUAGAAGAAGUUGGGAAAAGCACAGAUGAUAAUGAAUUUGAUGGAGAAGGACUGGAGUACGACUAUGAAUAUGAUGAAAAUGGAGAUCAAGUAAUCCUAGGCAAGGGGACAUAUGGCAUUGUUUAUGCAGGGAGAGAUGUGAGUAACCAAGUUCGAAUAGCCAUCAAAGAAAUACCUGAGCGGGACAGCAGGUACUCCCAGCCGUUGCAUGAAGAGAUAGCACUUCAUAAGCACCUGAAACAUAAGAACAUUGUCCAAUAUUUGGGCUCUAUCAGUGAAAAUGGUUUCAUCAAGAUCUUUAUGGAGCAGGUCCCUGGAGGUAGUCUUUCUGCUCUCCUGAGGUCCAAAUGGGGACCUUUAAAGGACAAUGAACAGACUAUAGGCUUUUACACCAAGCAGAUACUUGAUGGAUUGAAGUACCUUCACGACAAUCAAAUUGCACAUCGUGAUAUCAAGGGAGACAACGUGUUGAUAAACACAUACAGUGGAGUACUUAAAAUUUCUGAUUUUGGAACCUCAAAGAGACUUGCUGGAAUUAACCCUUGCACAGAAACAUUUGCUGGAACACUUCAGUACAUGGCACCAGAAAUAAUAGACAAGGGUCCGAGAGGUUAUGGAAAACCUGCUGAUAUCUGGUCACUGGGAUGUACCAUCAUUGAAAUGGCUACAGGAAAACCUCCUUUUUAUGAACUUGGAGAACCCCAAGCUGCCAUGUUCAAGGUGGGGAUGUUUAAAAUUCACCCUGAAAUCCCAGAAUCUAUGUCAGUAGAGGCCAAAGCCUUCAUUCUGCGUUGUUUUGAGCCUGACCCUGACAAGCGUGCUACUGCUGGAGAGCUUCUCACACACGAAUUCUUGAGGGUUACGAGCAAGAAAAAGAAGACUCAGCCCAAACUGACAGCUCUUUCCAUAGGCCCAAAUGAGUACCUUCGGAGUAUCUCACUUCCUGUUCCUGUAGUUGUGGAGGACACUAGCAGUAGCAGUGAAUAUGGCUCUGUUUCUCCUGAUACGGAUUUAAGUGUGGAUCCUUUCAUGUGUAAAGGAAGGGCAAAGUCUUGUGGUGAUAAAGAUGCAAAACUGCACAGAGCUUUGUUCCUCAGCAUACCAGAUGAAAAUUUUGAGGAUCAUAGUGCACCCCCUUCACCUGAUGAAAAGGAUUCAGGGUUCUUUAUGUUGAAGAAGGACAGUGAACGAAGGGCAACCCUGCACAAGAUACUAACUGAAGAUCAGGACAAAGUGGCAAGGAAUUUGCUGGAGGUUUUGGCCCAGGGAACAGAAGAAGUCAAAUUGAAGUGGGAACAUAUUAAAACCCUUGUUGCAAGUCUCAGAGAGUUUGUUCGGACACCAGAUCGCAAAAUUAUUGCUAGCACUCUGUCAAAGCUAAAACUGGAGCUGGACUUUGACAGCCAUGCUAUCAGCCAGGUGCAGGUGGUGCUGUUUGGUUUCCAGGAUGCUGUAAAUAAAGUACUGAGGACCCAUAACAUUAAACCACACUGGAUGUUUGCUUUGGACAACAUUGUUCGGAAGGCAGUGCAGACUGCAAUAACCAUUCUGGUUCCUGAACUGAGACCCCAUUUCAGUCUUGCUUCUGAAAGUGAUCCUGCUGAUCAAGAUGAUGUUGAAGAAGAGGAGGAGUCUCAUAAACAACAGCAGCAGAAUGAAGCCAUCCAUCGGCCCAUAGCUGUGAAUGAAGAUGCAGUACCUACGUCAGGUGUGAGCACGCUCAGCUCCACUAUGUCUCAUGACUCCCAAAACAUUCAGAGGUCUCUUACUGUGCAGCUGGGAAGGUUGAAACUGGAAACAAACAGACUGCUGGAGGAACUCGUACAGAAGGAGAAAGAGUACCAAACACUACUGCAACAAGCUAUUGAAGACAAAGAUCAAGAGAUAAGAAGAAUGAAGAUGAAAGCUCAGAAAACAGAUAUCCCUGCCCUUUCUGCGAGCCACUUACAGUCAUUUUCCAGGAAUGCUGGUGAUCCGCAGCUGGUUGACUGGCUAAGAGAACAUGGAGCAGAUGAUUAUACAAUAGACAGGCUUAAUCCUGCUUUAAGCAGAACAGAAUAG